AUGUUCACCAUGAGAGUCCCUUUGUCUAUCAUAUCGACUGCCUGCUUCAUCCACGCAAUCCUCGCGUUGCACAAUGGGUUGGCAGUGAAACCGCCUAUGGGAUGGAAUCCGUAUAACGUCUUCCUAUGCGACACGGAUGAAUCCCAGUACCGUGCUGCCGCGAAGGACCUCGUGGCAUCCGCGCUUCCCUCCGUAGGGUACAACUACUUCAAUCUUGACUGUGGAUGGCAAGGAACCAACCGCACAGCCAACGGUACUUUCACGUGGAACACCACUCGUAUUCCAUCUGGCGUUCCUGCACUAGGAUCGUACGUCCACAGUCUCGGCCUGAAAUUCGGAGUAUACAGCGAUGCGGGAUACUAUUCCUGUGACUUCGUGAACGGAGCUGCGCACUGGUUAGGUAGCCUCGGUCACGAAGCUGCCGACGCAGCUGCUUUCACGAGCUGGGGCGCAGACUAUCUCAAGUAUGACAAUUGUUACUCUGUGAACGAGACUGACUUUGUCGACUACAAUCCGCCGUUCAACCUUGAACCUCACUUUACUGCGAUGCGCGAUGCACUCUCCCGUACCUCGCGCCCAGUUGUCUACUCAGUCUGUGAAUGGGGUGUCCAAGAUCCUGCGCGCUGGGCACCCGCAGUUGGCAACUCCUGGCGCAUCUCGAACGACAUUGGCCCGCCAAACUCCUGGGACAACGUCCUGCGGAUCAUCAACCAGGUCGUCCCGAUCACGGGCUUCGCGGGGCCCGGCGCUUGGAACGAUCUGGAUCUGCUUGAGGUCGGGAAUGCGGAGAUGACUGUGCCAGAGCAGAAGAGCCACUUUUCGUUCUGGGCAGCUAUCAAGUCACCGCUACUGAUUUCGACUGACCUGUCGAGGCCGAGCCAGGAUACUUUGGAUAUUCUAGGGAACAAGAGGAUAAUUGCGCUGAAUCAAGAUGACCUCGGCAAAUCCAUCAGCUUCCAACGCCGAUACACUAAUGAUUAUGACGUUUGGUCAGGUCCCCUCGCAGAUGGGUCCACCGUUGCCUUGGUACUGAAUUGGAAGAACCAGUCCCGAUCUCUGACCUUCAACCUCUCCGACGUCGGCUUUACCUCAGCAAAGGCCACCGACCUCUGGUCCGGCAAAGACCUGGGGAUAAUAAGAAACAGCUACACGACCAACAUCUCGGCCCACGGCCCGCUCGUCCUCCGCCUCUCCCACACAACUCCAUCCCCUGCACCACGCUUCACCUACUACCCCGCCUCCGCGUCCAAAAACACCCUAUCCGGCGGCGCCUCCCCCCGCACCGCGAACUCAUCCGUCACCGUAGUCGGCGACAUCGGCAACGGCGGCACCCUCACGUUCACCGGCGUUGACGGCGGGUCGUCGGGCGGGUCCAAGCUGGUGUCUAUAGACUACAUCAACGCGGACUACACGAUGCGCAACACGGACUGCUCGAACUGCCGCAACGCGUUCGUCAGCGUCAACGGCGGGCCGGCGCAGCAGGUGCAGAUGCCGCUCUCAGGCCAGGUGAGUUUUACUGCCUCUUCAGACUGA